GUGUGUUUGUUUUUUUUUCAUUCAGAGAGUUAUUUUAGGACGUUGUUUUCAGUACUGUGCUUUUGGAACAUUUCGUGGAGGGAUCAGCAGUACUUUUACAACCUGAUGCGCAAAAAUGAAUUGCGAAGCAGACAAAUCACGAGCUCUUUUGAACUUAAGUGGGAGAGAUCUUCCGAAACUUGCUGAUGUGAGCGUGAAGGAAGAUUUAAGGAAAUCGGAUGCAAAAAGGGGAAAAAAGCAUCCGAUCCUCUUGUUUGGUCUUGCUUUAAAUAAUGGUAAAUUCAUGGUUACAACUAACCGCUUAUCGAGAUACGUGUUGGGGGCGGCUGUCACUUCUGCAGCUGCUCCGGGGGGACCUGCUUCAGUGUUUUUGCCAAAUUGUGUACCGCAUGUACGGCUGAAUGGCGGCUGCAGAGUGCGCUUGCGCUUUAGUCUCCUGGACCAGCCUUCCUGCCAAAUACUUGUCCAGUUGCAGCGCUGGUGUGUCAGAUUCUGCUCAGGUGAAAAUCAUCCUACCACUCAUAACCGCGAAGAGGGGGAGAUGUGCGUAUAUCAGAGCCUGUUGUGGAACCCUGCCUGAACGUCUGACAAGGAUGCCUCUGUCUCUGGAGCCCAUCCUGAAGGUGGGGCCGCCUCCUGAUCUAGCCACCACUACUGAGCAGCUCCAGACGCUGUACUGCUGCUGGAGCAGGGGCUUCCGAACAUUUAGCAGAGUAAUAAAUGACCUUGAAAGCCCGUGCCUUGUGCUGUGUGUCCCCUGGACGAAGAGAGGUGAUGUCUUCGCUAUAGAGCAGCCCAACCACUUACGCCAGAAAUGAGCCACCUGCAGGAGGCGGAGCUGGGGGAGGAGCCUGGCAGCAGUGGGGCGGGGCUCAACGAGGCAGUUGAGGCUGAUCUCGAGUGUCCCGAAAUCGAGGAGGAGCAGCAUGUCACCACCCUGAACCCCCAGCGCCGCAGGCAGGACAGUUGUGCCACAGGUGACACCGGGAGACCUAGUCGAUUACGCCAGCAUCCUAGUAGCCACAACAAUGAGGAUGCCGGGGAACACCACCAACACCCACAGCAUCCUGCGGCAGGUCGAUACCGCAGGUACGAUGCCUCCACAGGUGGAAGCCGAGCUCGAGGACAGCGCAGGCCACAGGACGAUGCUGAAAUGGAGCAGCAGCACCGAACACAAGUUAUGUCCAGACCAGCAGUCACGCGGUAUCGUAGGCAGGCUGACACUGAGGCGCGGGCAAGAGCCCAGCAGCAGAGGCAGAGACGGCAGCAGCAGCAGAGAGAGGCCGAAGAAGCAGAGCUACAACAAUCUCUGCAGCCCCCACCUCUACCAGCCCAGGCUGCAGCCCAAUAUCAGGCCGAGGACGAAGACCCUGAGGAGGAUGAAGGAGGAUCGGCGCUGGCUCGGUCUGCUAGCACCGAGAGUGGCUUCCACAACCAUACGGACCGAGCCGAGGGUGAUGCUGUCAUGUCCUUAGAGGCUGAGGUGGAGGCCACGUCCGGAGGAGAGGCAGGGGAGGAUGAGAAUGCUUACGCAGUUCACUACCGGCCAGAGGCAGAGGAGUACACGGAGAGUGCAGAAGCCGAGCAGCAUGGGGUGGCCGUCCAGGCUCCACCUCAACCCCCUCCUCUCCCUCGCGACCCGCUGCCACACGUCCGGCAGUUGGACCAAGAUGGAGAGGCCAUGAACCCAGCUUACUCAGGCUACGUCUAUACCCACCGGCUCUUCCACGGCAGUGGCGAGGAGCAGGGCGAGGGAGGGCAGCCAGAAGAUGAGCCUUAUGCUGAGCCGUAUGCCGAUUAUGGGCUGCAGGAACACGUUUACGAGGAAAUCGGGGACACCCCACCCGCUGAAGGGGAGCAGCCCCAGCAUCGCAGGGCAGGCUUCCGUCUCUUUGACCAUGAUGACUACCGGCAGGAGGCCCUAGGCGCCCGGCUGCACCACUACGACGAGCGGUCUGACGGGGAAUCGGACAGCCCCGAGAAAGAGGCCGAAUUCGCCCCUUACCCGCGCAUGGACAGCUACGAUCAGGAGGAGGACAUCGACCAGAUUGUGGCCGAGGUCAAGCAGAGCAUGAGCUCCCAGAGCUUGGACCGUGCUGCUGCAGAGGACCGGCCUGAGUCUGACCAGAGCUCGCAGGAGCAGGGAGACCACGGGGAAGGGAGGCCUCCUGGAGAGGAAGGAGGCAGCCCCCCAAGACCUUCAGCCCACAGUCCUACUGGGGAGCAACCAAUACAGAGGCACAGCAAGGAAAAACGAGAUGCCAUCUCACUGGCUAUCAAAGACAUUAAGGAGGCCAUUGAAGAAGUGAAGACAAGGACCGUUCGGUCCCCUUAUACUCCUGAUGAGCCUAAAGAACCCAUCUGGGUGAUGAGGCAAGACAUUAGCCCGACCAGAGAUUGUGACCUCCAGAGGCCUCUAGGUUUAGAUUCUCCUGGAUCGAGUUCCACUUCCCCACAAGGCGCAGAGUCCUCCAGCCAACAGCACCUCCACGAUGGCAGCGACAACUCUGACUCCCCGGCCAGCAAAGAGUCAAGGAAAAGCUUGGCUUCCUUCCCAACUUAUGUUGAAGUUCCUGGGCCCUGCGACCCUGAAGACCUUAUUGAUGGCAUCAUAUUUGCAGCCAAUUACCUUGGGUCCACACAGCUGCUCUCAGACAAAACCCCCUCCAAGAACGUGCGCAUGAUGCAAGCCCAGGAGGCCGUCAGCAGAAUUAAGAUGGCCCAGAAAUUAGCCAAAAGCAGGAAGAAGGCACCAGAAGGCGAGUCCCAACCCAUGACUGAAGUGGACCUCUUCAUUUCCACUCAGAGAAUCAAAGUGCUGAACGCAGACUCACAGGAGACGAUGAUGGACCACCCGCUGCGGACCAUCUCGUACAUCGCGGACAUCGGGAACAUUGUGGUGCUCAUGGCGCGGCGGAGGAUGCCUCGCUCCAACUCCCAGGAGAACGUGGAGGCCUCCCACCCGGCGCAGGACGAGAAGAGGCAGUACAAGAUGAUCUGCCACGUCUUCGAGUCCGAGGACGCCCAGCUCAUCGCACAGUCCAUUGGACAGGCAUUCAGCGUGGCCUACCAGGAGUUUCUUCGAGCCAAUGGGAUUAACCCCGAGGACCUGAGCCAAAAGGAGUACAGCGACCUUCUCAACACGCAGGAUAUGUACAACGAUGACCUCAUCCACUUCUCCAAAUCGGAAAACUGCAAAGACGUCUACAUCGAGAAGCAGAAAGGGGAGAUUCUGGGAGUGGUGAUCGUGGAGUCAGGCUGGGGAUCCAUCCUGCCCACGGUCAUCAUUGCCAACAUGAUGCACAGUGGCCCAGCUGAGAAGUCUGGGAGACUGAACAUCGGGGACCAGAUCAUGUCCAUCAACGGCACCAGCCUGGUGGGCCUGCCCCUCUCCACUUGUCAGAGCAUCAUAAAGGGUUUAAAAAAUCAAUCACGGAUAAAGCUGAACAUUGUGAGAUGUCCGCCUGUGACAACAGUCCUCAUCAGAAGACCGGACCUCAGAUAUCAGCUGGGCUUUAGUGUUCAGAACGGAAUUAUCUGUAGCCUUAUGAGAGGAGGAAUAGCGGAGCGUGGGGGUGUUCGAGUUGGUCACCGAAUCAUAGAGAUCAACGGACAGAGUGUUGUGGCGACGCCGCAUGAGAAAAUAGUCCACAUCUUGUCCAAUGCUGUUGGAGAGAUACACAUGAAGACAAUGCCCGCUGCCAUGUAUAGACUACUGACUGCCCAGGAACAGCCGGUUUACAUCUGAGGCUGACAUGCCGAGGGCCUUCCUCAUUGUGGAGGGCUACUCUUUGCACUUGUGGUUGUGUGUAUAGUGCUGCAUUUCUGUGUCUGCUGAAACAUUUCCCAACGUGUUUUUGUGUGCGUGUCAUUUUCGUGAGAUUUAAGGCAUCCUUCAUCACCAGCGCAUUUUGGUGUGAAACCCAUCCAGCGAGAUGAAAUACCUAUUGCAAGUUUGAUUUUUUUUUUUCAGCAAGCUGAAGCCUUGCACUUCUCUAAAACCAGUUGCCGGCUUCUUCGUGGCAUCACAAUAGUAUUCACUUUAAGGAGGACAUCCAGUACAGAAAGAGCCGUACAAUAUUUACAGGUCUAAAAGUGUCACAAAAAGAACAAGGGAUUUCCUUUCCUUUUUCGUUUUUUAUUCUUCUAUAUAUUAAUUUUGUCAAUCAAAGAUCAUUCCAGAUUUAUUUUUUUUGUUUACACUGAAAGGGCAGCUCUUAUCACAAUGGACCAAGAUUAAUUUUAAACCUAAAGGCCCUAUGAAGGAGUCCUUUACUCAUUUGAUAAUUCUGCACUUUCCAAAACAAGUCUGUACUGUAAACAAUAAAUUGCUAAUAAUAGUAAUAUAAUGGCAGACAUCAAAAUAGUUCAGCCUUCCUCCAGUUACUAUUUGGGCUUUUCCUAAACAUUUUGCCCAAAUAGGAAACAAUCUUAAGACUUUCUUGUACAAACUCAACAAAUUAAUGUACGAUGCAGAUAAAUGCCUAUAAAUACACAGGGAUAAAACUGUGCCAGUUCUUAAGUUUGCAAUUUCAAUGUUUUACUGAUAGGGUUUAUGGAGAACUGCUGAUACAGCUCGAUGAAGAAAGCAAUGUCCAGUUGUUUCAGUAAAUAAACCUUAGGAAAACUUGGAUAUUAAGCCACUGAAAGAACUAUUUAGCAUGCAGGUAUAUCUGGGACACAUCUGGGUUAGAGUGAGAUAUUAACUUCAUAAAACACAAUAAUGAACACUGUUUUACAAACUCCAGUGUGUUAUACUCUACUGACCAUAUUGACCAACUGAUAUACAAUUUUAAAUUUAAUUUGAAACAUGAAGUGCAAUAACCUUUUAAACAAAUGGAAAUAAGCUAAAUCUCAGUUUAAUUCUCAAUUCAAAUAUGACUGGCCAAUUUUUUUCUUCAGGGCAGAUCACAAGAUUUUCUACAUUUUUACACUUGGAAAAACAAUGAAGAUGAAGAAGCAGCUGUGAUAUUUCUACAUCUUGGAAGUGUUUGCCCACUGAAAUGUGAAAGAAAGCUGUGAAUCGUGAAAGGACUGCAUUUACCAUUACAAGUCCUUCACAUAGUUAAAAAGCAACCUAAUAUAGUUGAAGGUGUAAUACUAAAGUGUCAUUAACGGAAUAUAAUAAUGAUUCAUUUCUCUCAUUCUGGAAAACUUUAAUUUCAGAAUGUUGUUGGCAUUAUUUUGUCAUUUUCGGAAAUGACAUCACUGCAGGGUCUCUGAUAUUUUAAAAUAAUUGUUUUUUUUUAGUUUUAAUUCAAUAUGCAGAAUAAUUUUGUGUUUUUACAUCAGAAUGUUGCUUGUAGGGCUGUUAUUUCUCAAGUUCAUAACAGAUUGAAUUCAUUUUGCAAAUGUUUGCAGUCCGUUCUGAUGGCACAAUAUUUAAUUUCUAGACCAUUCCUAUUUAAAUCACUGCAUAACAGUAUUAUUUUUUAAAAUCUUAAUGACAUUUGUUUCUCAGUAGCAUUAGCAUUUUUGACUUGAAGGAGCUAAAAUGGGAGAUGAUUUUUAGGAGAAACCCCUUGGGUAGUUCAGUCCAGGUUAAGAGCUCAAGAGCAAAUUUAAUUUAGAAUGUAGUUUAUUUUCACUUUGCUUCACUACAGGGUUGUCCAGUCCUGAGCCUGGAGGGCCAGUAUGACUGUGUUGUAGGUCUCUUUGAAGCAGCAGCAGCAGCAUCUGAAAAGCUGGGAGAAUAAGUUACUGUAAAUGACACUAGUUAAGCCAGUAACCAGUUGGUUUAGCUCUUUAAGAGCUGAAUUCGAACGGAAAAUCCAAAGACACUCCAGGACCAAGAUUGGACACCCCUGCUUGAUAAGAACUAUGCAAUGGCGCUUAGUAUUUUUUGCAUAUUACACAUGGAAAUGUACACUUCUUUUGUGAACUUUUUUAAACUAGACAGCAGUUGGCUCAGAAACAUAAGGUACUUAGAAGAAGGAAAAGGCUGCACAGUAGUCCAUGUGUGGCACUACAGGCUGUGCAGAGAAUUCAAGGCUGAUUAAUAUUUACAUUCUUUAGAUUAGCUGGUCAUGAGACCUACCCACCUUUUUCCGGCUCUCUGUGCUUAUUUGUUUUGUACGUACGUUAAUGUACCAGUCCUGCUAUCAGCAUAGACUGAAACUGAUUUAAGAAUAAGUGCUCCUGAUUAAUGUUUACAGUGGUGGCAUUUGCACCUCAGAAUAUAUCCGAGAGUGACACCGUGGGCAGAGGUGUACUUAAAACUCUUUAAUCGGACAGUUCCAACUCUUCUGCUGCACCAAGUGUUUAUGAAGUACUUUAUUCCUUGAUAGUUUUUUUAUGUUGAUUUUACUAUAUAGAUUCAUAUCGGCCUUAUGUUUUUUUUUUAAUUAAAAAAAUUGUGGCAACUAUAUUUGUUCAGCAUGGCAUAUGAACUCCUCAUCAUGCUUACCUCUCAUGCUUAACAGUUUCGCUGAAGUGCAAGUAUGACCACUUCACAUGAACCAAAGCCAGCACAGGAGUAGAGUGCUGGUUAGCCGAUGCACUUGUAUGGCUCCGUUACAUAUAAAGUCCAGACUGGCUUUUCAGUCAUUAGAGGCAGUGACAGACCUCAACAAGUCUGAUGUGCAUUGAUUAAAUGGGUUGUGUUUAUUUAAUAAUAGAAGGCGAUUGUGUGAAAUUAAUGUAUAUAUUUAGCGCAAUGCUAGAAUAUACAGUUAUACCAUUGUUCAGUAACGGGGGUGCAAUAGGGAAUUCUGUAAAGCUUUGGGAAAGUAGAGUAUUGUAAUGUAACAAAGUUGUCCCUUGUAAAACAAAUACGGUGAUGGCUGUCAGUUUGGCAACUCUAGUGUUAAUAAUGCACUUCUGAAUGUAAUUAACUUUGUCAACGUCUAAAAACACUUUCUGUAAAGCAACAGCAAUGUUUAUUUAUUUGCUAGCUUUUCUGUGAUGUUACAAUUACUGAGCUACAUUCCUUUACCAGAGCAAGAAUGUUUGUAACAUUAUUUACAACAAUAAACAACUCGCAGAAGGA